AUGGGAAAACAUUGGAGAAAUAAAGGUAACAAGAGCAACAAGGGUCGUCUUGGUGUUCGUCGUGACCAGAGACAAGGCUGGGAUGAGAUUGUUAAAGAGAACGAAGAAUGGGAAAGAUAUUAUAAGGAACAGCAAGUUGUUUCUUCAGAUGCCGAGUUUGCCAGGAUGAAAAAAGCUUUUCAGGAUCCUUUACCUGUAACGUUCCGUAUCACAGGAUCCAGGGAUCAUGUUCAAGAUAUUGCUAACUUUUUUACGAAGAAGAUUGUUCCACAGCUGGAGAAGGCUGAACAGGACGCCCUUGCUAAUCCUGACGCCGAUACUGAGAAUAGUGAAGUUCCCCAUAAACCACCAUCUGCCCUAUCCUGGUAUCCUAGUAAUUUGGCCUUCCAGAUUGAUCUUCCUAAAAGGGUGAUCAAAAAGGACCCUGUCUAUGGACCAGUGCAAGGAUUCCUUGUCGCAGAGAAUGAGGUGGGUAACUUGUCUCGUCAAGAAGCAGUUUCUAUGAUUCCUCCUUUAUUCUUGGGAGUUAAACCAACUCAUUAUGUUCUUGACAUGUGUGCUGCACCAGGUUCUAAGACUGCUCAGUUAAUUGAAGCCAUUCAUGCUACAGAACAUGGCGAGCUCCCGACUGGUUUUGUCAUGGCUAAUGAUUCUGACUAUCGUAGAUCUUACAUGUUGGUUCACCAAAUCAAAAGGUUAAAUUCUCCUAGUUAUGUCAUUGUGAAUCAUGAUGCCCAGAUGUUUCCUAAAGUUAGACUCGAAAAGGAUGGAUCCUACAUCAAGUUCGACCGUAUUCUUUGCGAUGUUCCAUGUUCUGGUGACGGUACUUUCCGUAAGAAUCUUCCUAUUUGGAAAGAGUGGACUGUGGGAAAUGGACUAGGUUUACAUAGAUUGCAACUAAACAUUCUUUUGAGAGGCAUUCAGUUAUUGAAGACCGGAGGACGCUUAGUCUACUCUACCUGUUCUUUGAAUCCUAUUGAAGAUGAGUCUGUGGUGGCUUCUGCUUUGAAGAAGUUUGCAGGAAAGAUUAGAAUUGUAGACUGCAGCUCAGAGUUUACCGGUCUAAUUAGACAUUCCGGUCUAAAGACCUGGAAGGUGUUUAAUAAGAAGUUUGAGUUGCAAGAACCCGGUUCUAAGGAAGUGCCUGAGACUGUUUUCCCUCCGAAAGGGGAAGAGGUCGAAGAUCUACAUUUGGAAAGAUGUAUGCGUGUAUAUCCUCAGGAUCAAAAUACUGGAGGUUUCUUUAUCACUGUGUUAGAGAGGAUACCAGAAAAUGAUAAUAAGAGGGAAAGAGAAGACGAAGGUUCUGAUGAAGUUUCAAAUAAGAAGCCGAAGACUGAUGGUGAAGUCGCAGAUGAUAUACCUGUUGCUUCUCCGGUGGUUAGUUCAGCUCCUGUCAAAAGGCAACGGCUUCCACUUGAUGCUAUUGAAGAGCCAUUUUCAUACGUUGAUAUAGGUAACGAGCAACUUAAAAAAUGCUUUCAGUUUUACGAGAUUGAUGACAAGUUCCCUAAGGAUUGUACCAUGGUACGUAAUGCUACGGGUGAGCCAAUGAGAUCAAUCUAUUUCACUGCUCCUGUGAUCAAGAAGAUUAUUCAGUGUAAUGAGGACAAGCUCAAGUUGAUCUAUUCUGGAGUGAAACUUUUUGUUUCUCAGAAGAAUUAUGAAUGUCCAUGGAGAAUUCAGAAUGAUUCCGUUGCCGUGGUUAAGAAUCAUAUGCCAACAACAAGGCAGUUGACUUCUAAUAUGGGGAUUUUCAAGAUUUUAUUGGAAGAGAACUAUCCCUCGUUCCAGCUACUGAAGGAGUCGAAAGUUGAUCCUUCGUUUGUUGAGGCCAUUGAAAAUUCGCCUGAGGGAUCAUGUUUUUUGAAUAUUAAGAGAGAAGGAGGAGAUGAGCAAUUGCUACUUCCCAUGUGGAAAGGUAGAGUCCAUCUCAAUUUGAUGGUGGAUAAGCAUGAGAAGGCUGAGUUAUUGUACAGAUUUUUUGGAGUUGAUAAGAAUGCCCUAGAGAAGGCCAAGAAAGCCGAGGUCAAGGCUGAAGCAGAACGGGAGGUCAAUGCGAAAGCUGAGGCUGAGACUGAGGCUGAGGCUGAGGCUGAUGAAACUACUGUUUAA